GGCUGCUGUUAGGAGGACACUCCAGGUGCCAUCUACAUUCGGCAGCAACUUUUGUCAUAGAUCAGGAAGAAUAUCCCCGAUUUUCGCAUGACAACAGUUGAUCCUUGUAAAAAAUUUGCAUGCAAAUUACAGCAGUGCUUAAAAGACAAUGUUUAUCAACCGUCACGCUGUGAAUCGGUAAUAGAAGAAAUAAGGAAGUGUUGCAUGGUACAUGCUGCUGUGUCAAUAGUUUGCGACGGUAUAGAUACUUCAAAACCUUACGAGCAUAACACAGUAGAUUAUAGAAAGGUUCAAAGAUAAAUCCAUCAUGUUGUCAGAAAAAAUAAGAUUCUAUCGUAGAAUUACUAUAACCUGUGGAGUAGCUUAUGCUGCGUGGACAAUCUAUGAAAUGGGAUUUAAUGAACCUCCACGUAAAAACAAACCCAAACAUACAUAAACAAGACAAUGUUAUCAAACCAGUAAUGUAUCAAUAGAUAGUAAAAACAUAUAUUAAACAAUA